GACUUCAUUUUGGCAAAAUGGGUUUCGGGUGUAAGCAUUACAAGAGGAGAUGCCAAAUCAGAGCUCCAUGUUGCAACGAAGUCUUCGAUUGUCGCCAUUGUCACAACGAGAGCACUAGCACAUUGCGCAAUAUCUACGACCGUCACGAUCUUGUUCGUCAAGACGUUAAACAAGUGAUUUGUUCUGUUUGCGAUACAGAGCAGCCGGUAGCUCAAGUUUGUUCGAAUUGUGGUGUCAACAUGGGAGAAUAUUUUUGCAACAUCUGCAAAUUCUAUGAUGAUGAUACUGAAAAACAACAGUUCCAUUGCGAUGAGUGUGGAAUUUGCAGAGUUGGUGGGCGUGAGAACUUCUUCCAUUGCAAGAAGUGUGGAUCUUGUUAUGCUGUUGGUCUGCGCAACAACCAUCGCUGUGUUGAGAAUUCAAUGCGUCAUCACUGUCCCAUUUGUUAUGAGUACCUUUUUGACUCUCUAAAGGACACAAAUGUGAUGAAAUGUGGACACACAAUGCACUUAGAAUGCUACAACGAGAUGAUCAAACGUGACAAAUUUUGUUGUCCGAUUUGCUCGAGGUCAGUGAUUGAUAUGUCUAAAACAUGGCAGAGACUAGAUGAAGAGAUCGAAGCCACUGCGAUGCCUUCAGAUUACCGCGACAAGAAGGUUUGGAUACUAUGCAACGAUUGUAACGACACAACAGAAGUGUACUUCCACAUAAUCGGACAGAAAUGCGGACAUUGCAGAUCUUACAACACACGAGCGAUUGCGCCUCCUGUUCUUCCUCAAUGACAAAACCAAGAUCUUCCCAUGUAUUGCCUCCAGAAAGCUAGCAAGAACUUUUUGUUGCAAAAAACUGAGGCAAAGAUU